GGCAGGAAGACAUUGUCCUAAAAUUUAGGGGAGAAGAGGUUUCAUUUUCUGCUUGCUCAUUCGAUUCACUAUGCUCGCUAACCCCACUCGGCCAAUUCCAAGAUUCCAAAUUCCGACCCAAAUCUACGCUAUACAGCCGCUGCUACUUCUGCAGCCGUUCUGCUUCAUCAUCUGAUUCCUCAACUUCCUCAUUCCUUCAUCACCGCCACAAACCCCACAGAAAAAAGGUCGAGAAUUCCUCACCGGUGUUGCCAAAAUGACGGAGAGAACGAACCUCUGGAGGAACCCAAAACCCACAUUUUCUCCCCUCUCUUAUUCUGAUCGUAAAGCCAUCAUUCCUGCUUCUUGCAAAUCUGUGUUAUUGCACGAUUGGUGGCUGGUUAAGUCGGAAGACAAAGGGAUUGCUGUUGCUGGGUUUGCUUCAAGGGAGAGGUUAGGUGCAAGAGUCUUUACCUCUGCUCGAAUAUCCAGGAGACUGGAUGCCACCACUCUAGAGACCUUGGAUGGCGUCACAAUUAAAAUAAGUGGCUUGAUAAAUAGGUCUCAAUCACAUCAAAAUGGCUUUUCAUUUAUGGUUUGCAAUAGUUUCCAGCUUGGGUUUCCAUAUUGCUGGGAGGACUGCGUUUCUCAAUGCUGUGGCGAAGAAUCUUCUAAACAGUCAUGCAUUGAUGCAUAUACUUUCCUGCCAUUUACUUUGGAUAAUCUUCCAGCAACAAGGCUACGUGAUCAUGUUAUGUGCCUUCCUGAAGAUUCUGAAAACCUGUUUUGUGAUGUCAUGGGAAAACUCAGGGACAAUGCAUCCCAACAUGCUCCAGUGACAGGCAAUUCAAACUCGGCAAACGAAGGUCCAAGUGUGACUGCAAGCUCUGAAAUGGAAGAAACGCCGAGGAAGCAUAAGAAGUUGAAGACUGAUCAGAUGCAGAGAGAUGACGAUGACAGAACCUUGGAAGCAAAAGAUACGGUAACCAAAUUCAACCGAUGUAAAGGUGUUGUCACAAGAAGUAUGUCGAGAUCAAGGAAUCUUAAAAGCAAGGGAGAAGAGGAUGUCCCAUUGAGUUCUCCUGCCAACUUUAGAAAUUCUAGAAACAAACUGGGAAAGAAUCUUCCAUUAAACUUUUUCAUUGAGGGUGAAAGUAGUGCCCAGCUUUCAACAUCAGCAGCCAAAGACAGCCAAUCUGCAGGAGUUGUAUGUGCAAUGCAAGCGGGUUCCAUAUAUGUGUCAUCUAGACAGGAUGAGAAAGAUACUGAUUUCAGAAGGUCUGAUAGACUGAAGAAGUACUGGUACGAAUAAUUGAUUGCCCAAAAGUCAAAAAUAGAAGAGAUGACCAAGUCUAAGGGAUUUGUUUUCAUGUAAAAGUCUAAUGCCAGUAUCAAAAUUAUAUAUGGGCUUUUAACUCAUUGAUACUGGAUUCGUUUUCAAAGCUGAAAGGUCUCGAGUUUAAACUUUUGUCGGAGUCGAUUGUAUAAAAAAUAACUUGAAUUUUAUAAUAUCGGUUUAACAAUGAGAAACCUUUCCCCACCCCA